CCAGCGACUUCGACGCGGGCGACCCCAUCAGGAACACGGCGGUGGCGCUUGCGCUCAUGAGGGAGGUCAGCCGCGGCCUGUCGACGGCCUGCGCGGACGGCCCCCUGCAGCUGGCCUGGAGGACCCCAAAGUCCAGCGACGAGCAGCGCCAGCUGACCAGGCUGCGGCUCAGCCUCGGCGCGGUGCUCCUGUUCGCGGCCCUGAGGGCCCCGCUGCCGGCCUGGCAGAAGCUGGGCCUGGAGCACUUCGCGACGGUGUCGGCGGAGACUGCUCCGUGCGCGAGGGACGUCACGGUCCCGGACGGGGUUCUGCUCAUGGGGUCCUUACCAUCCCAUACCCUGCCUUCGGUGGACUCGGCCAAGAUACCGCCGCGCAUGGCGGCCACCUUCCACGUCGCGGUGCCGCACGUGCUGCUGGAGAGCCAGCAGCUGUGCGCGGUGCUGCAGGAGAGGCCGGCGAGGAGGGCGAAAUGGUGGAGCAGCGGGUCCCUGCUGAUGCUGAUGGUGUCCAGCGCCCUGGUGGAGGCCCACACGCGCAGGUCGGAGUGGGCCACCAGCCUGGGCUGCUGGAAGCAGGACCGCGAGGCGUUCUUCCCGCUCGUGUGCGCCUUUCGCCUCGUGCUCGGGCUCGAGCUGCUCAGUCUGUGGAACGUCCAUCGGCGCCCGCCGAAGCCUCCGACCACGGAGCAGGUCUUCAGGUUCCUCCAGGACGUCCCGGCAGGCAUAAGGGGGAAGCCGAUGAGGUUCGACACAGGGGCGGAGAAUGGCGCGCAGCCGCUGAUCCCUGCCCCUCUGGUCUCGCUGUUGGCGACGCCCGCCAAGAACUUCGACCCGCGCUUCCAGAGGUGGGCGCCGGAUGCCCUCGUGGACGGAGCCCCUGUGGCCCUCCAGGACUUUGCCGCGUGGGUGGGGCACCUGUCCCCCGGGCGCGUGGUCUAUUGCUCGCACCGGUCGCGGGCUGGCGACUUCUACCUCAGGCUCGAGGACUAGGGGACGCCGUGAUGGUGGUCCAGUUCAAGAUGUGGAGGGACGGGGAGGUCGAGGCGACGUCUCCCGAGGCCAUCUGGGACAUGCACAGCAGCGCCGUGGGAGACUGGACCCGGCGUGGUGGAAGGUCCCCUUGGUCUCGCACGUCAUCAUCGGCAGCGCGAUCCCGAAGGUGCUGGAGAGGCAGAUGGGGAACGGCAGCUGCCUGCUGGUCCCGGCGGAGAAGCCGCUCGCCAAGGGCCUGCCAGAGGUGAAGGCGG